AUGGAUUUAACUCAAUCACAAGAACAAGACAAAAUAAUACAAUACUACCUCAACUAAUAAAUUAAAAAGGUGGCUGAUGAAAAGUCAUAACUCACUCUUCAAUAGGAAUAAGAAAGAAAUAAAAUCAAAUUAUAAGUUUGGGAAUUUCUAAAUCAAUAAUAAUAAUCCAUUUAGUAGUCUCGUCUCAAUGCAACACCCUUGAGUCUGAUAUCUAAUAAUUCUGCUUAAUCUGAUCGUUUUGAUUUUCAAAUGGAUAGAUCCAAAAUGAAAUAAUAGAGUUAGAAAUUUGAAUAAUCAAUGCAAUUCUAAAAAGACUACCCUAAUCUCCAAAUCAAUUAUCAUUCCUUUGUCGAUUCCAAAGACUAACAAUACAAACAACUGGAUUUUCUUAUAGCACAAUAUGAGCAGAAAACAAAGAAUUUGCCUAAGAAUUAUUUCAAAAGACAACAACCUGAAAAUAUUUCAAAUUAACUGUAAUAGGAUUAAGAUGACAAUGAUGAACAGUAUAAUCAAGAUUUUGAAUAGGAUGAAGAUAUCUAAGAAGUAAUUGAAGAAGAAUUACAAGAAUCCUAAAUGUAAAUACAAUAAAAGUCUUAAAAGUUUAAUUAAUAAGAUCAUGAGACUGCUUAUAGCAAUUUAAUCAAAUUAAGAAUCGAGAGAUUGGAUACUAGUGUUGCAAAUGCAGACACUUCCAAACUGAAUGAUUUAAGUAAGAUAUCUGAAUCAUUAAGUGAUUUGAAAGUAAGUCCAAAUGAAGUUAAUAAAAUACUUGAAAUUAGUAGAUAAGUAGAUGCUUCCAAAUAAACCACGUUCAAACUUGAUCAAACUCUAUUGCAAACCAAAUCCAACGAAGAACCAUUAAUAGAAUCAUCUCAACAAUCAAUGUCCUCAAAAUUAUUAGAGUUAUCAUAACAAUAAUCAAAAUUCUAUGAAAGAUAGAAAAUAGAUUAUCCUUAGAUGCCUGUACUUGAUUAAGAAUUCUCUUAUAAGUUAGAAGAUCAAUCUCAAGUUGCAAAGUCUUUCUAUCCGAAUAAAGUAGCGGAUUAAGUUUCUAGAUUUGAGUAAUCAAAAAUUUAGUAAUCUAACUUUGAGCAAUCGAAAAUAUAGAGUUAGAAGAGUUAAUUUGAUUAAAUUUAAAAAAGCAAUGCAACCAAUGAAAUUUAAACUAAGUCUAAUCAUUAAGAACAAUCGUUUCGGGUUUAGGAACAGCAGAAGAAUUUAGAUUUUCAAGAAAAAUCCAAUAUAUCAAAUUAGUUGUAAUCUAAAUUUUAAGAUUAAUAUCAAAACUUUUAGUAAUCUCAUCAACCUUCUAAAUAUAGCGAACCUACAAAAAGAAUAUAAUCAUCAGAAUUUGAGAAAUAACAAUAUUAUCAAAAUUAUACAUGCGCUAAUUCUAAUGCAACUAGAUAAUAUUAGCUUACAUCGGCCGUAGAAAAUGAUCAAAAACCUGAAGAGUUUUAGCAAAGUUAAUAAAAUAAUAAUUACCUUGAGGAUGAAGAAGAGGCAUUUUCAGAAGAAGAGGAUCAUAAUAAUAAAUUUUACUAAUUUAGUAUAAAAUUUGAAGAUUAAGAUGAUAAAGAUAAAUAAAAAAAAUUUGAAGCAUUGAAAAAAAAAAAAUUAUAGGAAAUGGAAGAGCUAAAACAACUUAGAUAAUAAAGAAAUAAAGAAUAACAACAACAAGUCGGUUAGAAUAAUAAAAGAGAUCAAUCUCCCCUUAUGCCUAGUGCUUCAUUGAAAAGGAUAUAAUAAUAAUAGCAUUAAUAAUAAUAAUAAUAAUAAUAAUAAUAAUAAUAAUAAUAAUAAUAACAACAAUAACAAUAGCAAUAACAAUAACAAUAAUGGCAAUAGUAAUAAUAACAAUAACAAUAAUGGCAACAGUAAUAAAAUAUACUAUAAUAAUAAUAAAAUUCAUAGAAUCAAUUUUAUUAGCAAUAACAACCAUAACAAAGAAAUUUAUUCCAAGAUAAUUAGCCUUAAUAAAUUUAAAAUUCUCUGCCAUAAUCUAAACGUAAUGCAUCUGCUAAUAGGAAAUCUCCAAUGGCAAGAUAAAAGGAAACAGCACAUUUUUGUUAAGAUAUAGAUAGAUCAAUAUCAGUAGAGAAAACUAAAAAAAAUAAUAAAACUAUUCUAAAAAAUGCUAUAACUUAUGUGUGUUUGGCUGGAGAACCUAACAAAAGGGAGAGAGAAGCAAUUCUCUAAAAAUUAGAUGGAGUUGAAGCCGAACAUUUUAUUAUUUUAUUCAAGACAUAUGGCAGAUCGGACUUUCGAGCUUUGUAUGGCUAUGCUGCAGACUCAUAACCUUAUUUGAUUUUCGGAUAAGGAAAAUGCCCUCAAGUUUUAACCUCUGAAAUGGUAAAAACAUUUUUCAAAUAUGAUUCUGGAGCUAAAUAAUUUAAAGCAAUAGAUGGAAACAAAUAAUUUACUAUUAUGGUUGAUGCUGUUUAAUUAAGAAAAUGA